AUGGCGGUCCCACGGCAGCGCAUCCUGGACCUCGUCAAGCUCCAAUGUCGCGUCUUCAACACGACAUACAACCCUGAGCGCCUCCGUCUGGGCUCGCGCAUCCUGCACCAGCGCCUCAAGGGCCCCUCGGUCGCGUCCUACUACCCGCCGCGCAUAGGAGCCAUUAGCCAGCUGCGAUCGCUGUACCCCGAGCACGAGAUCCUCGACGAGGAGGAGGAGGACUGGCUCGAGCACCUGAAUGUUGCGAAGUCACGCGGCAAGGCGCCGCCCAAGAAGAAGAGGACUGCUGCCGAAUCCAAAAAGUUCAACAAGAGGAAAUGAGUGGGAGUUUUGUACAUGGCCUGUAUAACGAAGCAUGGGACGGCGUUGCAUCUAGAAGAGCGUCUAUAAAUCACAGCAUUACUGACCAAUCCCUCACUCUACAUCUUACUCUUCACGCCU